AUGGUAUCACCAAAUUGUACCGCUUCUGCUGCUAUAUGCAUGCAAUUCUUAACAGAAUUGGCAUCUAUAAUUAUUUUAAAACAACCAUUUGAUGGAACUCCAGUCAUAAAUCAAUCUAUUGCUGAUGGUGUCUAUGAAAAAUAUCAUGCUAUUGAAGGAAAUACCAGGCCAAGAUCAAUUGCUGGAAGGCAAUUUAGAUCAUAUUCCAAUAAUAAUAAAUAUCAACAAUCAUUUAGUAACUAUGUUCCAUCAACAUUACAAACAUCAGGAUCAUUUAAUUCAUUUCCAAUUAAUAAAAAUAUACUCCCUGGUACAAAUAUAGUUGGUUUUGAUUCAAAAACACUUCAUCAAGGAUCAUAUGAACCAUACUUAGCUCCUUCUACUUUUCGUUUAUAUGCAAUGAGAUUCUGCCCCUAUGCACAAAGAGCUAUAAUAUAUUUGGCCAAAAAAAAUAUUCCUGUUGAGAUUGUUAAUGUAAAUCCUGAUAAAAGUCCUAGUUGGUAUUUAAGUAAAUCUCCAACAGGACAAGUACCACUAUUUGAACAUGAUGGAAAAUAUAUUACAGAGUCAAAUGUUAUUCUUGAGUAUCUUGAUGAUAUAUUUUCAGCAAAUUCAAUUUUACCUACUGAUCCAUAUCUUAAAGCACAACAAAAAAUUAUUACUGAAAAACUUAAUCAAUUUCCCAAUGUAAUGUACCAAUUUUUCCAAAAUUCAAAUUCAAUGUCUAUGAGAAACAUUGAUUCAAAUUUAAAUAAAGCCCUCCAAACUGCUGAAGCUUUAUUAACAGAUGCCUUUUUUGGUGGUAAACAAGUUGGUUAUGCAGAUAUAAUGUUAUGGCCUUUCUUAGAAAGACUUGAAUUAAUAACUCUUAAUCCAUAUACAUCUUUCAAGUAUUUUCCAGGAUUACACUAUCCUAAAAUGGGUGCAUAUAUGUCAAGAAUGAAUCGUCAACCUGAGAUAAUCUUUGCAAAGCGUCCCUUGAUGCAUCACAAAGGAUACAUUGAUAGCUUCAGUAGAGGUCAACCCAAUUAUGAUUAUCCCAAUAAUCCAUUUAUGGGAUAA